AUGGCUACGCUAGAAGAACUGGACGCGCAGCAAUUACCAGGAGACGAUGAGAUCGACCAAGAAAUACUGAAUCUGCCAACGUCAGAGCUGCAGACCAGAACGAAGCUUCUGGACAACGAAAUUCGCAUCUUCAGAUCCGAGUUGCAGCGGCUGUCGCAUGAGAACAACGUUAUGCUGGAGAAGAUCAAGGAUAACAAGGAGAAAAUCAAGAAUAACAGGCAACUGCCCUAUUUGGUAUCGAACGUUGUGGAAAUCAUGGACAUGGAUGAACUGGACGAUGAGCAGCACAGGGAAUCUACGACACAAGGCGGGAACGUUAAUCUAGACAAUAUCGCCAGUGGGAAGGCCGCCGUGGUGAAAACUUCCUCCAGACAGACGGUAUUCCUACCCAUGGUUGGUCUCGUAGACCCCGAUAAACUAAAACCUAACGAUCUCGUCGGCGUCAACAAAGACUCCUACCUUGUGCUGGACACACUUCCUUCAGAAUUCGAUUCGCGUGUAAAAGCAAUGGAGGUUGACGAGAAGCCUACUGAAACGUAUUCGGACGUCGGCGGCUUGGACAAGCAAAUCGAAGAGCUGGUUGAAGCCAUUGUGCUCCCUCUCAAACAAGCAGAGAAAUUCACAAACAUGGGAAUCAAGGCACCAAAAGGUGCAUUGAUGUAUGGCCCUCCAGGUACCGGUAAGACGCUGCUGGCAAGAGCAUGCGCUGCCCAAACAAAUGCAACUUUCUUGAAACUUGCGGCGCCUCAGCUUGUCCAAAUGUUCAUCGGUGAGGGAUCCAAGCUGGUUCGUGACGCUUUUGCGCUGGCAAAGGAGAAAGCGCCCACUAUUAUUUUCAUCGACGAGCUUGAUGCCAUUGGUACAAAACGUUUCGACUCUGAAAAGUCCGGUGACAGAGAAGUGCAAAGAACAAUGUUGGAGCUGUUAAACCAGUUGGAUGGGUUCGGGUCAGACGACAGAGUUAAGGUCCUGGCCGCCACCAAUAGAGUGGACGUGUUAGAUCCGGCGCUGCUUAGAUCUGGUAGACUCGACAGGAAAAUCGAGUUCCCGCUACCCUCUGAGGACUCAAGAGCGCAAAUCCUGCAGAUCCACUCCCGUAAAAUGACUACUGAUGACUCCAUAAAUUGGCAGGAGCUAGCUAGGUCGACAGAUGAAUUCAACGGUGCCCAGUUGAAGGCAGUAUCGGUCGAGGCAGGUAUGAUCGCUCUAAGAAAUGGCCAGAGCCAGGUUAAGCACGAGGACUUCGUAGAAGCCAUAGGCGAAGUUCAAGCCAGAAAGUCGAAGUCUGUUUCUUUCUACGCCUGA